AUGCCAGGCAUUAUUCAGGAAAAAGAAAUUCAUAGCUUAUGGGCUGAUGAGGUGGAGGAAAAGGAAUUGAAUACAGGAGAAAGGCAAUAUGAAGAUGGAGAACAAAGUAAUACUGAUGGAGACUCUAAAAAAGAAUUGAAUACAGGAGAAAACCAACAAGAACAUGGAGAACAAGGUAAAACUGAUGAAGACUCUAGUAAAAAGGACAGUGUGGAAGAAGGCACCAAUACAGCCGAAAAGGGAACAAGUUUGAGGCAAGUAGAGAUUCCAGACAAAGAGGAGGUGCAAAAACAAAAUGUUCAUCCAGUUCAUGAUGAGCAUGUGGAUGUUGAUGAUACAGGAUUAGAUGGAGUAAAAGAGGCUACAGAGGGUUCUCCCUCAGUGAUAAUUCAUAAUCCUGAGCAAAGAGAAGGAAAAGUGCAGGAAAAUGUGCAAUCAAUAGAGGCAACAGUAGUGGAUGUCACAAGUGACAAGAUGAAGGAGCAGGUGUAUGUGGAGCAAGAUGCAGAUCCACCAGAUCAUUCUUCCUCAGAAAAGGCAAUGGUGAUUUCACAUACUGACCAUCAACAGGUGACAUUUUGUAGAAAAUCUUCACCAAUCAAAGAACUACAUGACCUGAUCUCUCAUAAUAUAGAUGGCUUGGAAGUAGAGGAGGAUGUCAGAGAUCUCCUUAAAGAAGACAAGGAGGAGAAUAUUAAGAAAAAUAAGGAAAACAUUCUUAAGCAGGCUGAUAUAUCUCCUAAUAGCAAGUCUAACAAUAAAAGGUCAGAAGAAAGUGAAGAAGAAUGCUAUUGA